ACAGCAACAUCAUUAGCAGACAGCCCUGUGUUGGUUGCCCUCUCGACCGUGGGCACGCGGCGGACAAAGUGAGCGGGCUUCGAGGUGGUCAGGGGGCGUCUAAUUGAUUGCAGCAGGCGCGCGCUGAAAGUAAGAGGAGCGAAUUUGGAUCGGACUUUGGAGCGCUGAGACACCCACGUGUCUUUUGUCAUUUGUUUAGCAUCCAUGGCUCUCGUCGAGGUGCCCACGCCGCUGGCCCUUCUGGGUGGUUUGCUGGCAAUGGCUCUGAGUGCGCACUACAUGACGGCACGCAGCAAGACGGGCGUCCUGGGUAAGAUGGCGGCUUUGGUGAACAUGCUCUGCUUCCUCAACGCCUCCCUUGGCGUUAUUGUCAUCAUGGCGCUUACCUACCUCUUCGUCAGGCCCUUCAGCGCUUCCACCGUACGCAGGCUGAACUCGAAUUUUGCGGAGGCGAUGUGGGCGGACGCGAUGAGUGCCAUCAUGCCGCCGUCGAAGGUGGUGGUGACGGGGGAGAUGCCGGACGAUGACACCCAGGCUAUCGUCAUUGCCAACCAUCAGGUGGAUUGUGACUGGUGGUUCCUCUUCGAGCUGAUGCGGCCGCUCCGGCGGCACGGAGCCUUGAAAAUCAUCCUGAAGGACGACCAGAAGCACAUCCCGGUGACGGGCUGGGGCAUGCGCGGCUUCGGCUUCGUGUUCCUGAAGAGAGACUGGGUUAAGGACAGGGCUAACCUGGAGAGACAGCUCGGCGUUUUCACGGGAGACGGUUUCCCUCUGAGGCUCCUCAUAUUCCCGGAGGGAACGACGAUAAACGCCAGGUCGAUGGAGAAGUGCACGGCGUUCGCCAAGAAGGAACAACGCCCGAGGUUCGAGCACCUCUUGCUCCCGCGAACGACGGGAUUCGGCGCCUGCCUGAAUGCCUUCCGUCGGACGGAAAGCCCGGGCGGUCGGGGCGGGGGUGAGGGUGGCGGUGCCAGAAGAGGAGGGGAUGGAGGGGGAGAGGGGGCGGCCAGAGGCGCCGGGGCCGCGGGGCAUUCAGGCCGUGUGGUGUACGACAUUACGAUGGGCUACACCGGCUACAGCGGGGAAAUCCCCUCGUGGGAGAUGGGCUACACGCGGGAUAGGGACGUUGACGUCCCAAACCUUGGUGCAUUGCUCAAAGGCCGCGCUCCUGGACCCGUUCACCUUCACGUCGAGAAGCACUGGGUGGACGACAUCGCUGGCGACGGCAAGGCCUGGUUAGACGCCACCUGGGCCCGAAAGGACGCCCUCCUGCGCCGCUUCAUCGAGGACGGCCGCUUCCCGCACCAACCGGUCGCGGUUUUCGAGUCCCGCAAGAGCCCGAUGGCCUUUCUAUUGCUGUCGGCCACGCCCAUCGUUACCGGCCUGCUGCUGUACCACGGCAUCACGGACGCCUUGGCGAUGCUCGCAGCGGGAGCGGCGGCCGCGGCGGCGGCGGGGGGUGGGGACGCGGGCGGCAUUUUGGAGGGCGUGGCGAAGGGGGCCGCCGCAUCGGGAGCAACAAGCGUGUGAUGAUAAUGGCCAUCAUCACGCUUCUGUUUGGCGUCGGCUUGUGGCCGUGCGAACUUGCCGAACGUUCGUGCGUCGGCCGUUCCUCUGUCGGCGCGUGUGUGGAUUGGGCUUCGUACCGUGUGUCAGGAGGAUUAGGAGGAGGAGGAGCGGCAGCGAUAGGCUGGGCGCCGAAGGGGCAGCGUGCCGGUCUUGUACGCGCGUUGCUGCUGAACUGGAUGGGCGUCGGUCCUGUGCGUUCGGCGCACCUCGCUCUCGUGUGUGCGUCGGAAGUCGAUGUGAUGGAGUCGUCCAUCAAGCUCACCUCUCGUGGUCCCGUGUGUUUGUUGGUUUUGCCGCGCGUGGUGAUGUCGCCAGGACUGAUGCGUGUCGGAUGUUAGCGAAGAUUUUUUCUCACAUGUCACUCAGUUCGUGGCGAAUGAACGGGGCGUGAACGAGGCUACAGCAGUAGACCACCGCAAGUAGUGUGCUGCUCUGUGUUUUGGUGCCGAAUGUUGCUGCUUGGGAUGAGAUGGUCUCUGGCGUGAGGGCAGCUGGCAGACUUUUGCAAGUUUCCAGAUCGCCUUUGUCCCACCAGAGGCGUUAUCGUCUCUUCCCUUGCUAAAUAGAAAUAGACAGAUUCCCUGUCAAAGAAAGUGGUCCGUCUAUCAAUGUUGCUGCGUCUGGUGUGUGCACCGUGUUGGUUGUGAUGUAUGUCAACAGAUGAAACUCUCGUCUCUAUUCGCUGAGUUCACACAGUUUUGUCAUUUCCUUGUUUGGUGUCGUUGAAAGAAAUACAGAGUUUUUGCGUGUCAAAGCGUGCACGAAAAGACCAGUAGCAUUGUAAUGUUCUUCAGGCGAGCAGCCUUUCGAGAUUCGCGUUGUCGUGGCACGUGACCUGCGGCGAAGCCUCUGAUUGGCGACUGCUUUUGGCAGCCGGAUGUAGCGGUGUUGAUGCCCUCCAAACUCUCAGCUUUCUGCAAGGUACCAAAAGUGUUUGUUUGUCAAAGAGAGGGCGGAGAGAGCAGUCUUAGAGGCCUCGUCCACUCUCUACGCCAUCUGGUGCACGAGAUGCCGUACGGUAGGUUGGAUGGCACCAAGUAUUGCGAGCUCAAUUAUCUCUCUGGAGCGGAACUUGGCGUUUGCAACAAAAAAUACAUGGCGGAAAACGAUCAAUUCGACAGUGACUUUGACGGU